AUGAGAGAAUUGGCCGGAGAUAAACUUCUAAAAUCGCUAUGGCUUAAACGCUUACCUGAUAAUGUACGUGCGGUGAUAUCAAUUGGCACGGGUAAUUCAACAGACAUGGCACGGAAAGCGGACCAAAUGAUGGAAAUGUUAAAUUUUUCGAAUGUAUCAGCCAUACGUGGCGAGCCUACACUCGGUAAGCAGAUACAACAGCUACAAGCUCAAAUAGACGAACUCAAAGUUUCUCGAGCACCACGCAAUCAGAGUAGAGGUACAAAAACUCGUGACAAAAGCCAGUCGCGUCCACGUUUUCCGUUUUGCAAAUAUCAUUGGCGUUUUGGUGUGAAAGCAAAAAAAUGCGUCGAACCAUGCCAGUUCAAGAAGCUAGACAUGACGGAAAACUGA